CUAAGAAGUGAACUUGCUUUGCCUCUUUCUUUCUCUAACUCCUCUUGUAUUCAAAUCUCUUUCUCUUCCAAAUUCUGAAGUUCUGACCAGUUGAUAUUCACUUUCCAUUCUAGCUGGUUGCUGUUAGUUUAGCUACUGCAGUCACGUGGUUCAGUUGUUUCUUCCUCUCGUAAUUUUGCAAAAGAUGAGUAGUUCGAUUCAACUUCGUGAAAGAUCGAGUUGCAGACCCCGCUAUAACUUUGAUGAGUCAGACGAGGAAGAUCAAGUUAUUUUCCAUACAGAACAUGGAAAAUAUGGAGAAAAUGUGAAAGUUGCUGGAAAUGAUGCCAAUGUGGGCGGCUUGGUUGAAGGGCUUCCUGGAAGCUCCCGUCAAAGGAAGCGAAAAGAUGAUUCUAACGAUUCAGUUAUUCUCCCUAGGAAACGAGGGAGACCUAGAAAAAACACUACGAAAUGUGAUUCAACUGACACUAAUGUUAAUAGUUUUGCUGAUCGGCUUCGUGAAAGAUCAAGUAUAAAGAAGCCAACUUAUGUUCUUGAUCAGUUAGAAGAAGAUUUAGAUAUUUUCCCCAGCACACAUGGGGACCCUACAGAAGACAUAGUCAAAAUUGAAAGAAGUGACACUAAAGAGAAUUCAUGUCAAGCUUGUGGAGAACAAGGAGAUCUUUUGACAUGUGAAACAUGCACCUAUUCUUUCCAUUCUAAGUGUAUAAUCACACCACUUAAAAGCCUCUUUCCAGAUAGUUGGAGGUGCCCUGAAUGUGUUAGCCCACUCAGUGGUAUUGAAAAGAUAUUAGAUUGUGAGAUGCGUCCUGUGCUGGCUGCUGAAAGUGAUGCACAAAAGUUGGAGUCGAAACAAAAUUCUGUCAAGCACUAUCUUGUUAAGUGGAAGGGACUCUCAUAUUUGCACUGCACAUGGGUUCCAGAAGAAGAGUUUUUGAAGGCUUUCAAGACUCAGCCAGGUCUAAAGAUCAGAAUAAACAGCUUCCAUCGUCGUAUCGAAUCAGCCAAGAAUUCUAACGAAGAUUUUGUUGCCAUUAGAUCCGAAUGGACUAUGGUUGAUAGAAUACUUGCUUGCAGACAAGGUCAUGGAGACGAUAAGAAGGCAUACCUUGUAAAGUGGAAAGAGCUCCCGUAUGACGAGUGCCACUGGGAGCUUGAAUCAGAUAUUUCUGCUUUUCAAGCAGAAAUAGAAAGAUUCAACAACUUUCAGUCUAGAACAAGGAGAGUUUUGGAUGCUUCUGCAUCAGAAAAUCUGCAGAAAGAAUUUCUUCCGUAUGAAAGUAGCCCCGAGUUUCUUUCAGGGGGUUCACUGCAUCCAUAUCAACUUGAAGGAUUGAACUUCUUACGAUUUUCAUGGUCCAAGCAAACCCAUGUUAUACUUGCUGAUGAAAUGGGACUUGGAAAAACCAUUCAGAGCAUUGCGUUUUUAGCAUCGCUCUUUGAAAGUAACGUUUCACCACACUUGGUGAUUGCUCCCCUCUCCACGUUGAGAAACUGGGAGCGUGAAUUUGCAACGUGGGCACCUCAGAUGAAUGUUGUUAUGUAUUUUGGAUCUGGCAACGCCCGUGAUUUGAUACGAGAGUAUGAGUUUUACUUUCCCAAGAACCAAAAGGGGUUCCAGAGGAAGAAAUCUAAACAGCUUGUUGAUGAAACCAAGCAAGGAAGAAUAAAGUUUGAUGUUCUUUUGACAUCAUAUGAGAUGAUAAAUUGUGAUUUAUUAGCACUAAAGCCUAUAAAGUGGGAGUGCAUGAUAGUUGAUGAGGGUCACCGUCUGAAAAACAAAAAUUCUAAGUUGUUUUCUUCGUUGACCCAACUUUCCAGCAAACAUCGUGUGCUUUUGACUGGAACUCCUCUUCAGAACAAUUUGGAUGAACUUUUUAUUCUGAUGCACUUCCUUGAUGCUGGAAAGUUUGGAAGUUUAGAGGAGUUUCAGGAAGAAUUUAAGGAUAUCAAUAGAGAGGAGCAGAUUCUGAGACUACAUAAAAUGUUGGCACCGCAUCUUUUGCGAAGGAUGAAGAAAGAUGUGAUGACAGAACUACCUCCAAAAAAGGAACUUAUUUUACGUGUUGAAUUAUCCAGUCUGCAGAAAGAAUACUACAAGGCAAUUCUGACUCGGAAUUAUCCGAUAUUAACCCGCCAAGCUGGUGUACAUAUUUCUCUUAUCAACGUUGUUAUGGAACUGCGUAAGCUCUGCUGCCAUCCCUUUAUGUUUAAUGGACUUCAACCUGAUCUUAAUAUUAAUGAUGAAAAAGCUCCACUUGACCACUUGCUUGAAUCCUCCGGGAAGUUGCAACUGUUAGACAAGAUGAUGGUGAAACUUAAAGAGCAAGGUCAUAGAGUCCUUAUAUAUUCCCAAUUUCAGAAAAUGCUGGACUUGCUUGAAGAUUACUGCUGUUACAAUAAUUGGCAAUUUGAGAGGAUAGAUGGGAAGGUUGGAGGAGCUGAAAGACAAGUAAAGAUAGAUCGGUUUAAUGCUGAAGAUUCUUCAAGAUUUUGUUUUCUUCUUUCUACAAGAGCUGGGGGAUUAGGGAUAAACCUUACUACAGCGGACACAGUCAUUAUAUAUGACAGUGAUUGGAAUCCUCAUGCUGAUUUGCAAGCCAUGGCCCGGUCGCACCGCCAUGGACAAAAAAAGAAGGUGAUGAUUUAUAGGCUCAUAACAAGAGGAACAAUUGAAGAAAGGAUGAUUCAAAUGACAAAGAAGAAAAUGGUGUUAGAACACCUUGUUGUAGGGAGGCUACAGGCUGAAAACAUUAAGCAGGAAGAGUUAGAUGAUAUCGUAAGGUAUGGCGCAGAGGAGUUAUUUGCUGAUGAAAAUGAUGAGGCAAGCAAGUCUCGUCAAAUUCAUUAUGAUGACGAUGCUAUAGACAGAUUGCUGGAUCGUGAUGGAGUUGGAGGUGAAGAUGCUGGUUUGGAUGGUGAAGAUGAAGAUGGAUUUCUGAAGGCAUUUAAGGUGGCAAAUUUCGAAUACAUAGACGAAGUUAAGCCAGCAGAGGAGGUGGCACAAAAAGAAUCAAAGGAGAAUCAAUUCUCUGCUGCCAAUUUGAAGAAAUCAGCUUACUGGGAUGGCUUGUUGAAAAAAGGAUAUGAUCAGUGUAGAGUCGAGGAUUUGAAUGCCUUAGGCAAAGGGAAGCGAACCCGCACCAAAUGGCUGGGGGAAGGUUGUAGUAAUUGGGGAGAUAUAAGCUCCGAUGGUGAAGAUUAUGAAGCGGAUCAUAGUGAAGAUGAUUCAAAUUCAUUUGAGACUCCUCCUACUAGAAGGUUGCAGAGAAAGAAAUUACGCGCAGAGAGCCCAGAGCCACUUCCUUUGAUGGAAGGUCAAGGAAAAUCGUUGAAAGUACUUGGCUUUAGUCAAAAUCAAAGGGCUGAUUUUCUUCAAAUUUUGAUGAGGUUUGGGGUUGGUGAUUAUGAUUGGAAAGAGUUUGCUUCCAGGAUGAAACACAAGAGUUAUGAAGAAAUCACGGAGUAUGGCAAACUUUUUUUGUCUCAUAUUGCAGAAGAUAUUACUGAUUCACCAACAUUCACAGAUGGCGUUCCAAAAGAAGGACUUCGAAUACAAGAUGUACUUGUAAGGAUUGCACUUUUGAAUUUGAUAUCAGAGAAAGUGAAGUUUGCAUCAGAAAAUCCUGGACUUGAUCUUUUUUCAGCUGAUAUCUUAAUACGCUACCCACGUUUGAAGGGUACAAAUUUCUGGAAGACGGAGCAUGAUUUAGUGCUACUGCAGGCCGUGUUGAAGCAUGGCUAUGCAAGGUGGCAUGAUAUUAUUAAGGAUAAGGAUCUGAAGAUUGAGAAGGUCAUCUGUCAGGAGUUGAAUAUUCCAGUUGCAGAUGUAUCAGUUCAAGUACAGUCUGACUCACGAAAGCUCUAUGGUCCAAAUAUCACAAAUGUGGAGUCUAGCACGAGCUUCAACAAAUCUAAGCAGAGUGAUUUGUGUGGUUCCAGUGAUCGUGGGAAGCAAACGCAGUCGCAUCGUAAAUCCGUCACGUGGGAUCAGAAUAAACAAAUCCAUAGAGCACAUAUUGAGUUUAUCAAGAAAAGGCUUCGUCUCUUGGAAACAGGUCUCACCGCUGAGUGCCAGAAUGAACGCUUUAGUGAUCUCAGAGCAAAUGAGGAAGAAAACAAACUAUUUAAAGAUAAAUUUGAAAUGUAUCAUUACUUAUAUGAUUUUGAUGCAGAUCGUCUGCAACUGGUGUAUCUUUUCAAUGAGAUGUGGCAAACUGUGGAGGGCAGCCAAGCCGGUUUUGAAGAAACGGCAACAGAAGAGCAACAACGCAAAGCUAUUAGGAACUUGGGUCAAAUCCAAAGCAUUUCUGCUGAUAUCAAAGAACUUCUACGUUGUGAGACACAGGAGAGAGAAAAUUUUCAAUAACAGAUCAAAUACAUUAUCACAGACUGGAGUUGAUGGCCCUGAAGAAGUUAAAUGCAAAGCUAAAGAUUUGGUUAUGGAGUUUUGUACAGGAGAUGAAUUGAUAUCCAAAUGCUAGGAAUUGUACUAACAUUAAUGACCUUGUACUUUGGUUUUUUAGAGGAUGUGAUAUUCUUUGAGGACUAAAACACAACACCUUGUAGACAGAUUUUGUUGUACUUUGUAACAUGCAAAUCGCGGAUCUCAUUGUUUAUUGGAUUCAUUGUGCAGAAAUAUUGAUUAUAGACUUGUGUUCUAGAGAGACCUCUUAAUCCAACAGUAUAAGUUCAAAGUUGUAAUCACCACUCUA